AUAAAAUAAAUUUAUUAUUUUAAAUCAAAAUAUUUAUAUAAUAUAUAAUAUUUCUUUAGUAUAUUGUGAUAAUUUCUAAAUAUUUAGGUUGUCUAACUAAUAAUUCAAGUGUUAGAUUAAGUGAUUUAUGAUUAGGCAUUAAGGGGUGUUACUGGUUAUAUAAGUUGAAAUAAACUCUAUUAGAUUUCAAAUAGGUUAGAUUUUUUUAAAUUCAUUUACAAUCUAAGAUAUAUGAUUUAUUUAGAUAUUUUAAAUCUUUGUCAAAGCAUUUAUAAAUUUAACUUAAUAUCAUAUGAUUUCUAUAACAUAAUUAUAGUUAAUUUUAAGAGGAUUAUAAUAUGAAUUUUAAUUCCAAACUCUAAAAUUAUAAAAUAUAAAAGAAAAUUAAUUCACACAAAAGUUAUUUAUAUAUGUAUCAUUUGUAUAUUAUUCUCUUGAAUCUCAUCUAACGUUGUAUGUAGGUGAAAAAAAACAAUAAACACUAUUUUAUUUAUUAUAUGAAAGAUGAAAAAGAUGAUCUAAGCAUUGUGAAGUAGCUGACAAAAAAAAUCAUUGUGAAGUGCCAGAAGAAGAAAAAUCUGAAUGUGAUAAUGUAAGAGAGCUUUAUCAACCGACAUACUUUAAAGGUGUUGUAUUACACUUUGACAUACUUCAAGCUGGAGGUGUAUUUUGUGCAGCAAAAGGUGGAGUAAAAUAUCUAUUAUAACCUUCAUUUAAUUUUGUUCAUGUGGUCAGAGAAAGUGUGGUCAUGAAACCGAUUUCAAAUUGUGGACUAUCCAUAACUAUCUCCUUAACCAUCACUGAAAUAUCUUUCUUUUGUACCACCAUACCAUCUCCUUCACCACCAUCACUUCCAUAACUAUCCCGCUAUAGACUCCACCUCCGCCAUAAGCUUCUCCACCACCACUUCCUCUACCACCACUAGAGGGUAUAAUUGUUGAUCUUUCCCGCCUCUGGUUCCUCUUCAUUCAGCCUUCGUAAUUAAGAACCAACACCAUAAAACCUUCAACCGCCUCCAUGACCGCUGACCAGCAAACACAACUUUCAUAUCCACAUUUGUAAGCUCCACUAACACCAUUAGCUCCUCCACUACCUGCCUACGUAAGCACUACCACAAUAAGACCCUCCACCGGCUCCAUGACUGCUAACCACUUCUUUCACCACCACAAUUUUCAUAUCCAAUUACACAAGUUCCACUUAAGCCAUUAGCUCCUCCACCGCCACCUCCUCCAUACCUUCCAACUUUUGAUCCACAUCCACGGCUCCACGUCCAGCUCUUCCUCCUUCACCACCACCAUAAGACCCGACCCCUACCGUUGCCACUAGCAUGACCACCAUAAACAUUAUGUUUUCCACUGUAACCAUGUCUCCACCUUUUCUUCUCCACUAGCAUCUCCACCUCCAGCUUUUUCUCUCCCAUUAACAGCUCUUAUUAUGUUGUGUAAAACGUCGGUGGUGAAAACUGUAAUCAUUGGAGAAGAUAGUAGAUGCGGCUGAUUAAAAUUUGAUGAGUCAAUGGAAAAAUAAAUUUCAGGUUAUAAAGGCUUUUUGGGAAAUUUACAAGGAAGAAGUACUUCACAUGCUGAAAGUAUGUGUGGAUGUAAAUAGAUAAGUAAAAAGUACGUUUACGUGUAAUUUUUUCAUAAUGUAAUGCAAAGAAAGCUAUUCCCUAGGUUUUGAUCAAAUGAAAAAUACAUGAUUAACUAACGAUGAAAAUGCUUGAUGCUAACUUUAUAAACACAAUAGGAGACGCUGAAUUUAUAACAAAAAUUGUUCAUAUAUUUUAUAGGUACAGAGAAUCUUGUUUGAAGUGAAUUUUGUGAUGGUUAACAUAAAAUAAGCAAAACAAAAUAUUGGUGAAGAAAGAAAAAGAGCCCCCUAUUGUUGUUAUACAAAGGCCCACUCUAAUCAAACCAAUAGAAGAAUGAAAAGCCCAUUGGAAGUAGAUGAGAUUGGUUCUCUUUUUGCACUUCCAAACCUGCUUGAUUUUGUUGCUUGCCGCCUCUCGCUACGAUUCUUCGUUAAUCAAUCUGAUUGCGACUCAACAAAGAGCUUUUCAAUUUCCCAUGUCGAUGCGCCGUAACGGGAAGAAGAGAGCAAGGUCCGAGACCCCAGGCUCCACCGCCCAUCCCAAGAACAAAUACUCAGACAACCCUCCCGAUUUCGCCUCGCUGGCCUCUCUCUACCCUUCCUUCAAGCCCUUCGUCUUUUUCUCCGGAGGCUCUCGACCCCGCAUCGACUGGACCGACUACAACGCCACACGAGAGCUCACUCGCGUCCUCCUCCUCCACGACCACGGCCUCAGCUGGUGGAUUCCCGACGGGCAGCUCUGCCCAACUGUUCCCAACAGGUCCAACUACAUCCACUGGAUCAACGACCUCCUCUCCUCCCAGAUCAUUCCAAGCUCACGUGGCAACAAUAAAGUAAAGGGCUUUGACAUUGGUACUGGCGCUAAUUGCAUUUAUCCUCUCCUCGGUGCUUCCCUUUUCGGCUGGAGUUUUGUCGGCUCAGACAUUACCGAUGUAGCUCUAGAGUGGGCUGAGAAGAAUGUUCAAAGCAACCCCCACGUUUCAGACCUUAUCGAGAUCAGACGCUCUCGAAUCAUUCCAUCUGAAGAUGACGUCACUAUGGUACUCCUGGGCGUUGUCAAGGAGUCUGAAACGUUUGACUUCUGUAUGUGCAACCCUCCAUUUUUCGAAACAUUUGAGGAAGCUGGGCUUAACCCGAAAACCUCAUGCGGUGGAACUCAUGAGGAGAUGGUUUGCGUUGGUGGGGAGCAAGCUUUUGUCUCCCGUAUUAUACAAGAUAGCGCUGUACUCAGGGAAAGAUUCAGGUGGUACACUUCUAUGCUUGGGAAGAAGGCUAACCUCAAGCUCUUGAUAUCGAAGCUUUGGGAAGUGGGGGUUACUGUUGUUAAGACCACUGAGUUUGUACAAGGCCAAACUUCGCGUUGGGGACUCGCCUGGUCCUUCGUUCCCCCAGCUACUAGGAAGAUUAUAGCGCCAACUCCUGUAUCCAAAAGCAGCCUUCUUUCUUUUAUGCUUGAGGGCAUUAAACGGCAGUACAGUGCAGCGGAUGUGCUGCAGUCAGUUGAAGAGUUCUUCAAGAGCUCUGAUGCCUCGUCCAAAUUAAACUCGAAUACCUUUUCUGUUGACAUUGUUGCGUCCAGUGAGCAGUGCAACACAAUCACUAAUAGGGAUGAUGUGGAUAGUGUGAGAAGCCAUGGCUCCAGUUUGCAAGGCCCUCAAGAUGACCUGUCUUUCCGCAUCUUGGUGUUCCAGCAGAUGCCAGGAACGUUGCUUAUAAAAGGAUCAUUGCAGCAUAAAGAUAGUCCUCUCUCAGGGUUGUUCUCUGUGGUUUUUGGUUCCUUGGAAGAAAGUAUGAAGUCCAAAUUUUGUAGGUAAACAAUUAGUACUGUACUCACUUGAAGAAUGGCAUCUUGUAUAACUAUAUCAAAUUGAAUUAUAAAGCUUCCAUCUCAGACAUAUGUAACAUGUUCUUACAUACCAAUGGAUAAUCGAUAUUCAUAUUGUAAUCUACUAAUCUAUUUUGUUAGAUAAUAGUUCAUUUUGUGGAA